AUGCUCUCGACCGUAAGACUUGUCGAUAACAAGCCAUCUGAGUGGCUUGCUCACAGAUUUUUCGUUCUAGGGCAAUAUGACAUGUGUGUAAAUAUAGUUAAUCAAAUCUUGCGUAAGUCUCCUGAUAAUGCCGAGGCAUUAAACUUAAAAGGCUGUGUUUUAAGGACUAAAGGGCAUAUAGAAGAAGCUCUUAAUUGUUUUCAAACAGCUACACAAUUCGAUACUAAAAAUAUUCGACAUUCUCUUGAAAUUGCAAAAUGUUUAUAUUUUCUCGGAAGAUUUCAAAGUUCUAUAUCAAUCCUUGAAGAAAUUCAGAACUCAGAUGAUGGAAAUAUAUGGGAAGUUUAUCACUUAUCUGGUCAAAACUAUGCAAAACUCAGAAAAUUUGAUGAUGCAAUUGACCAGUUUCAAAAUGCACUUGAUACUGAUUUUAGAAUUGAAACUGUCCUUGAAUUAAUGAAUGUUUAUGAGGCCAAGAAAGAAUUUGAUGAUCUCGAGUCACUAAUACAAGAAGCACUUGUUCAUCAUCCUACAAACACGGUAUUACAUAAGCGUAUUGGCAAGUAUUAUCUCGCCAAGAAAGACUACGAAGGAGCAUUGAAUCAGUUUGAAGCAUCAUAUACCAGAGAUUCAACAGAUUAUCAGUCAAUGCUUCUUGCAGGAUCUAUCGAGCAAGACCAACAACAUCAGCAGAAGUCAAUUGAUCUUUAUAGAAAGUCAUUCCAAGGAUUGAUGAAUUCUCCAGCUUUAUGGAAUAAUGUUUCAAUGGUUAUCAACACAAAAAGUCGAAUUGAAGCUUCAUUAGCAUGCUGCAAGAAAGCUACAUUCUGUGCUCCAUUCGAAGCCAUACCUUUGGCCAAUUUAGGCCUAAAUUACUUAGAAUUAAAACUUUUCUGUAGCGCAGCCGUAGCUUUAAAGCGUGCCAAUUCCUUAGAUCCAAGCAUUGAAGGCAUUUCCGAAGGCCUUGCAAUAGCCCUGAUGAAUAUUGGCGAAUACAUGGCUGCAGGCAAACUUUUUGCCAAAGAAAUACAGAAAAAGAAAACACAUAGAUUGAUAAUCAAUGCUGCUAUUUGCUUUUUGAGAGCAAAUAAGCCAAAAGAAGCCAAAAAUUUAUUUACUGCAUUCUCAAGAAUGAUACAAGAAGAACCUGCCUUGGAAUCAUUAUACCCUUAUCAGGAUGUAUUGGUUCCAAUGUUCUCGAAAGUUGCUGGAGAUUCUACUCCGCAAUCAUAA